AUGAUGCUGAGGAUCAAGAGAGUUCCUACUGUUGUUUCCAAUUUCCAAAAGGAAGAGGCGGAGGAAGACUCCCGCCAUGCCGGCGGCUGCGGCCGUAAUUGCUUUAGAAACUGCUGUCUUCCAGGGGCAAAGCUGCCUAUGUAUACUUUCAAGAAUGUGAACAAGAUUGAAGGUGAAAAGAAAUCAGUUGUCUCUGAAAACAAAGAGCACCCAGUAGCCUUCCUGGACUCCCUUCUUCUUGGGGAGUGGGAGGAUCGGAUGCAGAGAGGCCUCUUUCGCUAUGAUGUCACUGCUUGCGAAACCAAGGUGAUUCCUGGUCAAUAUGGCUUUAUUGCACAACUGAAUGAAGGCAGGCACCUCAAGAAGAGGCCAACGGAGUUUCGGGUUGAUAAGGUCUUGCAGCCCUUUGAUGAAAAUAAGUUCAACUUCACUAAGGUUGGGCAAGAGGAAGUCCUCUUUCAAUUCGAACCAAGCACGGACAACGAAGUCAAGUUCUUUCCAAAUGCACCUAUUGACAUCGAGAAUUCUCCUAGCGUUGUUGCCAUCAAUGUUAGUCCUAUUGAAUAUGGACAUGUCCUGUUGAUCCCUCGGAUUCUUGAAUGCUUGCCUCAAAGGAUUGACCGGGAAAGCUUCUUGCUUGCGCUCUACAUGGCUGCAGAAGCUGGAAACCCCUACUUCCGCUUGGGUUACAAUAGCUUGGGUGCAUUUGCAACCAUCAAUCACCUUCACUUCCAGGCCUAUUACUUAGCUGUUCAGUUCCCCAUUGAAAAGGCUCCCACUAGGAAGAUAACAACUACAAGUGGGGGUGUGAAAAUCUGUGAUAUUCUUAACUAUCCGGUCAGAGGUCUUGUAUUCGAGGGUGGAAAUACUCUGGAGGAACUAUCGAAUGUCAUCUCAGACUCCUGCAUUUGCUUGCAAGACAACAACAUUCCUUAUAAUGUUCUUAUUGCUGAUUCUGGAAAACGAAUUUUCCUCCUUCCACAGUGCUAUGCCGAGAAACAGGCUCUUGGAGAAGUGAGUUCUGAGCUUCUAGACACUCAAGUUAACCCAGCAGUCUGGGAAAUUAGUGGACAUAUGGUAUUGAAAAGGAAGGAGGACUAUGAGGAGGCAUCGGAGGAAAAUGCUUGGAGGCUCCUAGCUGAGGUUUCCCUGUCUGAAGAGAGGCUCCACGAAGUGAAGGACCUUCUUUUUGAAGCCAUUUCUUGCAGUAUGGAGGAGGACAAAGGUGUUACACAGAACAUCCUCGAGGAGUCAGAUGUCAGCCCUCAGUCUCUUGAAGAUGUCGAUGCCCUUAAAGGCUCCCACCCUGCUAUAAUGUCUGUGUAG